CACCAUCCCUGCAAGGUAGACUCUGCUAUUGUUCUCAUGGUUCCCCCACCCUUCUCUGCAUGCUCCUGUUUUUAGGCUACAGUGGUUGGUUGAAUCUCACGGAAAUAGACCCUGAUGAGGAAGUGCAAGGAGAAAUCCACCUGCAGAUCGAGAUCAUCGGCAACGGUGCUGCAAGGAAGUUGCGCUGCGUGGUGUUCGAUGCCAGGGAUUUAGCUCGGAAAGAUCGGAAUGGAGCUUCUGAUCCUUUUGUCAGAGUCCGCUAUAAUAGCAAGAUUCAAGAGACUUCGGUGAUCAAAAAAUCUUGCUACCCCAAAUGGAAUGAGACCUUUGAGUUUGACCUGGAUGAGUCAGCUGCAGAAAAUCUGUGUAUUGUUGAAGUCUGGGAUUGGGAUCUUGUCAGCAGGAAUGAUUUUUUGGGGAAGAGGGAAUUUAGGCUCCUUACACCUGCAGGUACAGCUUCGGGAUGAGAUGGUUCUGCCCUCCAUCUACUACCAGCCUCUUGUCGAGCUGUUGUGCCAGGAAGUGAAAGCAGGGAUAAAGAUGCUCUAGCCUUCACCGGAUCCACAGUGAAAGUGAGGUGAUCCAGCAGAGCGGCCAGCUCCUUCAGUCGUAUCUGACUGACCUACUGAACACCAUCACCAGGUCUGCCAAGAUAUGCCCUCCUGUCAUCCGUGCCACUUUUCAGCUCCUUUUCAAGAGAGUUGGAGAACGGUUCUCCGAGGAGAAAAAUCAGAAUGUGAAAUUCAUUGCCAUCACCAGCUUCCUCUGCCUUCGAUUCUUCUCUCCAGCCAUUAUGUCUCCCAAACUCUUCCACCUACGGGAGAAGCACGCCGAUGCUCACAUCAGCCGGGCUCUGCUUCUGCUGGCUGUGUGAACGAGCUGAGCCAGUGGCUCUCAGCCUUACGGAAAGUCUGUGGGAAUAACGCUGGAAUGCUAUGCUCCUAUCACCCAGGGGUUUUCAGAGGAGACAAAUGGAGUUGCUGCCACCUAAAGAACAAAGCAG